AUGGAAAAGGGCCCUAUUCUCCCGACCCAUGUGUCGGCCCCGACCUCAAACAACCGUUGCAAUGGGCGUCGCUCUGCCUUUGGCGCAGUCGUUAUCUCCUUGGUCUUUUGUGCCUUGGUUGUUGAAGUCUUAAGAAUUGACAGUCUUUUGUCAUCGAUCAACAACAACGUAAUCGUCCUUGGAAACCAUAGGAGCCCACAAGCGAUGCUCGCUGUCAACGAAGAAAGCUCGAGUCUCCGCAUUCGCACCGACAACGUCGAAGCCCUUGUCUCUACCGAUGGCCGUUCUGGAUACAAUAAGCGGGAAGAGACAGAUGGAAGAUCUGGAUACAACAGUGUUGAAGAGGGCACUGUUACCACUGACGGCCGAUCUGGUUACAACCGUCGAAAUGACAACGGAGACACAGUUGUUACCACAGAUGGACGCUCUGGGUAUAACAAGCGUGAGGAAGACGGUCGGUCUGGGUACAACAAGGCUGCAGAGACAGACGGCCGUUCGGGUUACAACCGUGCAAUUUGA